AGACGCCCCAUGGUGUGACGCCCCAUGGUGUUUAAUUGAAACAUCUUAAGGUAAGUCACGCCUUACAAAUUCCCUAUUAGGUCAAAUCAUUCUGCUACCAGAUAAUUGUAAUCCAGAAUCAGACUGCAGUGGCAUUUGAUUAAAUGUGUGCUGUAUAUUUUCAUUCGAUUAUCAACUUUUAAAAUGAACAGAAAUGAAGAGUCAACAGAAUCAAAGAAAGAGGUAGGCUGAUGUUUUUUAUUGAAUCAUCAACAGGUUUCUACUUUUUCCUCAAGUUCUCUAAGAUUAUUUCCGCCAAAAAUUGAUUAGCUGCAUCCACGGUGAAAUACAUUUCUGCACGUCUUUUCAGUAGGCAACUUAGAGCUGUACUGUGCUUCCGUGAAGGAGAAAAAAACCAUGCAAAUGUAAUUGUGUAUGCUUUAGAAAGGACAACUCAUCAAUUGUAUCAUGUUCACUAUAUUAACUGGGAUCCUCGUCCAGUUGACGAGAGGUUUCCCGCUGAAGGAUGAGCCCAUUGAGAACUUUUUCUUUGCGAGAUUGUUAACAUUUGUAGACCAUAACAGAAACUGUAGAGUAGGAAACUUAGAAUAAAAAUGACGAGGGAUAAAAGAAACGAGGAACAUCAGCCUUUACUUAAAGACAUAAAAGAAACAAAGGGGACAUUUAAGGUUCCUAACAAAUCGCUUCUACUGGCUGUUUGUGCAGCAUGUAUAGGAGGGACUUUUCAGUAUGGAUAUAAUAUUUCAAUAAUCAAUGCUCCCACAAAGUCUGUGCAGAAUUUCAUCAAUCAAACCUGGCUCGAACGUUAUGACAGUCAGAUCUCUGAGCAAGCCCUCACUCUGCUCUGGUCAACCAUCGUGUCCAUUUUCACUAUAGGAGGAUUUGUUGGGGCAUCAAUUGGUGGAACACUAGCCAUUAGAUUUGGGAGAAAAGGGACACUGCUUUUCAACAACCUGUUUGCCCUGCUGGCGGCUCUGUUCAUGGGCCUGAGCUUCCCCACUGGAGCGUUUGAACUCCUCAUCGUUGGACGAUUCUUCACAGGGCUUAAUGCAGGUAUUGGCAUUUGUACUCAGCCUCUCUACCUGGGGGAAAUAGCCCCUAGGGCACUCCGGGGUGCCAUGGCGAUGGGGACCUCCAUAUUUAUCACUGGGGGGAUUCUUACCGGACAGGUGAUUGGUCUAAAAGAACUGCUAGGUAAAGAGGAGUACUGGCCCAUCCUGCUUUCCACCACGUGUAUCCCAGCAUUCCUGCAGCUCCUCAUUCUGCCCUGGUUCCCAGAGAGCCCUCGUUACCUGCUCAUCGACAAAGGAGAUGACCAAGGGUGUAAAACUGCAAUGAAACGACUGCACGGCACUGAUAACUUUGACAGCGAGCUGGAGGACAUGGAGAGGGAGAGGGUCAGCGCAGGGGGGGUCAAAGCCAGGAAGCCCUGGGAGCUGUUCUCAGACCGCAGCCUCCGGUGGCAGCUCCUCUCCAUCAUCAUCAUCAACUGUGCUCAGCAGCUCAACGGCAUCAACGCUAUUUAUUUCUAUGCAGAUUAUGUGUUUAGGCAGGCUGGUAUUUCAGAGGAUAAGAUACCGUACACUGUUGUGGGAACGGGUGCCUGUGAGUGCAUCACUGCCCUUACUUGUGGCCUGCUUAUUGAAUGCUUGGGAAGGAAAGUGCUCAUCAUUGGAGGGUACACCCUCAUGUCUAUCUGGUGCAUUCUGUUCACUCUGACCCUCACCUUCCAAGAUGCCAGUCCAUGGGUUCCUUAUCUCAGCAUGGCGUGUAUCUUUGCUUUCAUCCUGAGCUUUGGCUUAGGGCCAGGCGGCGUGACAAACAUCUUGACCACUGAGUUGUUCACUCAGACUACACGCCCUGCUGCCUACAUGAUUGGAGGAUCUGUGAACUGGCUCAGUUUCUUCCUCAUAGGAAUGGUUUUCCCGUUCAUUGUGACUGGGCUGCAGCAGUACUGUUUCCUGGUGUUCCUGGUCGUUUGUUGUUUGGUGGCGAUAUACAUUUUCCUGGUGGUGCCCGAGACCAAGAACAAAACGUUCUUGGAGAUCCAUAAUGAGUUCCAGUCCAAGAAGAAGCCUGUCAAAGCAGACAGUAUUGACGGAAAGACCACGCUGCUGUCGACUCCACAGUGAAACUCACCCUCUGUUCAUCAUUCCACAUCUUCCAAUGCCAUGUAUGUCAUAACACCUGCUUCCAAAACUGGAAUCAAGAUGUAACCCAUUCUAACUAUAUAAUGUGUGAAUGUACAAAGCAUUACAAUUAAUUAGGUGCUGUUCUUUAUCUUAAUAUGGUAUGAAUACUAAAUGUUGUUUGUUUUUUAUGAAAAAAUACAUUUGUUUUAAAUUAAAAUUACAAAAGCAGCUUCUUCGUUUAUUUUUUACUUUUAAACAUUUAGUUCGGUCUUUUAUAGGUUUCA